AUGGGAGUUCCAGAACAAACCCCAAUACCGGUUGCGGCUGAAGUGCCCCCGGCCCGGCAAGGAGACAAUGAUUCCGGAUCUGAAGAUGUUCUUACCCCUGUCGCGAGCAAUCCAAAGGACGAUAUCGAUCCCAAGGAGGAGAGAGCUUUCCUUUGGCGUCUGGACUUGUUCUUCUUGACAAUCGGGUUCUUGGGUUACAUAUACAUUGAUCAGACAAAUAUCAGCAAUGCGUACGUCUCAGGGAUGAAGGAGGACCUCGAUCUCUUGGGAAACGAGCUCAACUACUUUACGACAUUCUUUAAUAUCGGGUACAUGAUUAUGUUGUACCCCUCGUGCAUCAUCAUCUCCCACUUUGGCCCCUCGAAAUGGCUGCCGGCAUGCGAACUCAUCUGGGGCAUUCUCACAUGCUGCCUCUCACUGGUCACCAGCUCGAAGCAGGUCUACGGCCUCCGUUUUCUCAUUGGUUUCUUUGAAGGCACAGCUUGGCCCGGCUACUUUACCCUAAUCAGUCAGUGGUACAUGCCCCACGAGGUGGCCCUCCGCAUGAGUUUGUACAAUAUUGCUCAGCCGGCUGGGGCAAUGCUUUCUGGUGCGAUGCAAGGGGCGCUUUCAACAAACUUUGAGGGUCUACAUGGACGUUCUGGUUGGCGCUGGGCGUUUAUCAUCAAUGGUGUUUGCACGAUAGCUGUAGCUCUCGCUGCGUUUUUUAUUCUUCCUGGCUACCCCGAGCGUCUGAAUCCCCUCGCAAAGUUCUACUUGAAGCCGAAGCACAUCGAGAUCGCCCUUGCCCGUGCCCGCAGGGUCGGCCGCAAGCCUCAGAUCGGCAUCACGAUCAAGUCGUUCGUGCGAUGCUUUAGCUUCUGGCAACUGUGGGCAUUCGCCAUCGCCUGGCCCAUUGGCGGUAACUUUACGCCGGCUAGCUACUUUAAUCUGUGGCUCAAAUCAUUGAAGAACGCAGAUGGAGCAGUCAAAUACUCUGUCGCCAUGCUCAACUACUUGCCAAUCAUCGGUCAAGCCGUCCAACUCGUGGCAGAGAUGCUCUUCAGUGGCCUAAGUGAUUACUUUGGCGUUCGACUGCCAUUCUUACUUCUUCACUCGGUCAUCAACAUCACUUCACAGAUCAUACUCAUCAUACGACCAAGCAACCAACAAGCCUACAUGGCUGGCUGGUACAUGAACUACAUCGGAGCUGUCUCUACGAUGCUUCUAUGCUCCUGGGCUUCCGCUCACCUCCAAGCCGAGCCAGAGGUGCGCACCGUCCUCUUCGCCAGCGGGACCGUCCUCGCCUACAUAAUGAGCGCCUUCAUCCCCAUUGCGGCGUUCCCGGCAUCAGAGGCUCCGCACUGGCGUAUCGGCGCAAAGCUCUACCUUGCUUUCGCGUUGGUUUCUGCUGUCAUUUUUGUUGGUAUUCAUUUUGCUUUCAAGUGGGAGGAGAAGAAGAAGGCGAUGGAGGCUGUCAAGGAGGAGGUGACUGGAGAGCCGGAUAAUGCGCAUUCGGGUGUCAAGUCUGUGGGUAGUGGGGAAGUUGACAGUGGUGCUGUUGGCAAAGAGGCAUUGGGAAAGUUUCAAGAUAAGCCUUGA